UGAUGUAGUUAAUCUUUUAUACUUUUAUAUGAACCCCACCUAGUGAAGAUCAAACUCCUGUCCAGUCUAACCCUCGAGGUGCGGAGCAUAUGCCGCUGUCAACAAACGGCUUUUCAACAGUGUGCUUCUACACACAUUUGGGACCAGAACAUAUUACAAAUAAAUGGGUUUAUGUCAAUGUGGGGAGUCCAACACUUCUCUCACCCUCACCAGACUGCUUAUUACGCAAACCCAAGGGCUUUAUCUAGCAGCGAGAGUGUGCGUGUCUGAUCCUCUCACACUCUGCAGCCGGUGUCUGGUUGUUUAGGAUGGGGAAGGUUUCAAAUGCGGAAGUUUCCACCCAUAACGCUGCCACCCCGAAGAUGAGGCUUGCAAUGACAUCUGCGUUAGCAGCGCGUUAGGAGAAGUUACCAUUCCGCAGGGAAACUGUUGCUAUACCUCCGCGGAACUGGAGUAAACUUCACAUGGCGUCUCUGGCCAGCGCAGAGCGACGUGCGUUCGCUCUGAAGAUCAACAGACACUCGUCUGCUGAGAUCAGGAGACACUUUGGUGGGACGUAUGGCUCCCCUCAGGUCUCCAUGCAACACAGUCAUCAUGGCUCCAACGCAUCUGCCUCCAUGUGCUUCACCGUGCCCCAUUCGUAUGACGCGGUGGAGCCCUUGGACUUGGAGGAGUUUCUGAUGUCACAGCUGCAGGGCGGAGACGCCGCCCUCAUGCGGGAGCUCGGAGAUUUCCCUGACGACGAUCUGGAAGUAGAACAUGUGGAGAAGGAGUGUCGGACCGUACGCCACUCUGUACCCGAUGAGGGGGUGGAGUUGGAUUUCCAUGUGAGGGACUGUGUUCAGAGUUACACCCAGCCCUGGCUGAUGGUCAGCAGGAGGUGCCAAGGAGAUGGUUGGAGUGCAUAUUCCGAGCGGGCAAGUCUACACAAAACUCUGCAGAAACAGACUUUUGAAUCCGACCUCCAGCCAGAGAAACAAGAGACACGGGUGAAGUCCCCCUCCCUGGCGGUACUGAGUGAUGACUCCGGCAGGACCCUGACCUCCUCUGACUUUGACCUCCGCUCUGGUCUGACCCCUGACCCCAGAGUGGACGGGCUACUGCGCUUCAGUAACCAUGAUGACCUGGACAGGUUCAACCUGGAAGCCCGGCAGGGGAACCGCCACGCAGACCUGUUCGCCUUGUACCCACCCACCGACGAGGAUGAUGCAGUGGAGAUCCGGCCUAUUCCCGACUGUCCCAAAGAGCACAUGGGAGACAGGAUCAUCAUCCGGUGCCAGGCCAUCAGGUUUGAGAUUGAUGUGGAACCACUGUUUGCCACCCUGGCUCUGUACGACCUGAGAGAGAAGAAAAAGAUAUCCGAGAACUUCUACUGUGAUCUGAACUCAGAUCAGUUUAAAGGGUUCCUGAAACCCCACACGCCACAGACGGACCACUCCACCCUCUCCCGAGCAGCCAUCUUCUCCAUCACAUACCCCUCCCCAGAUAUCUACCUGGUCAUCAAGAUAGAGAAGGUGCUGCAGCAGGGGGAGAUCAGUGACUGUGCUGAACCGUACAUGGUCAUGAAGGAGAGUGACUCAGCGAAGAAUAAGGAGAAGUUGGAGAAGCUGCGCAGCCAGUCAGAGACGUUCUGUCAGAGACUGGGUCGCUACCGUAUGCCCUUCGCCUGGGCCACGGUCAACAUCAUGAACGUCAUCAGCACCGCCACGCUGGACCGGGACACCACCGACUCUGACAGCCUCAAUGGUAAAUCCAGCAGUCUGGAUAAGAGAGGCCAGCUGCCCAGGAGGAACUCUGAGAGGUUCGCUACCAUGGAAGACCAGUGUAACAUGUCUGCCUUCAAACCUGCUACCAUCACCAUCAGCACCUUCUGCAAGCAGGAAGGGGACCGUCUGAGUGAUGAGGACUUGUUCAAGUUCCUGGCAGACAUCAAGAAGUUCUCAUCCCUGCAGAGAAGAAUUAAAACCAUAUCAGGUAUGAUUAAACUGGAUGUGACCCCGGUCCAUGACAACCCAAUGGCAUGUCUCUCUGCUGAGCUGAUCCCAGUCAAACCAGUGGCUGAGAAGAACCUGAGACCUAUCAAAGAGGUGUUGGAGUUCCCUUCCAGUGAGGUCUAUGUUCCCCACAGCACUUACAGGAACCUGUUCUAUGUGUACCCCCAGCGGCUCAACUUUGUCAACAGGCUGACUUCAGCAAGGAACAUCACCAUUAAAAUCCAGUUUAUGAGUGGAGAAGACCCAAGCUGCGUGCUGCCUGUCAUUUUUGGAAAAUCAAAUGGUCCUGAGUUUGUGCAAGAAGUAUACACCCCAGUCACGUACCAUAACAAGUCUCCAGACUUCUAUGAGGAGGUGAAGAUAGCUCUGCCUGCCAGGCUGACUGAGAGACACCACCUUUUGUUUACCUUCUACCACAUCAGCUGUCAACAGAAACAGAACCAGACAGCCACCAGUGAGACAUUCAUAGGAUUCUCUUGGCUGCCUAUACUGAGUUGUGACAGAUUACAGACUGGUCAGUAUUGCCUUCCCAUCGCCCUGGACAGACUGCCUGUCAACUACUCACUGCACUCUCCUGAGAAAAUUCCCCCUCAGGUCCCUCCAGUCAGGUGGAUGGAGAGCCACAAAGGAGUGUUCAACCUGGAGAUACAGGCCGUGUCCUCUGUACACACACAGGAUAACCACUUGGAGCGUUUCUUCACGUUGUGCCAUGCCCUGAAGGGCGGAGCGACGUUCCCACUCCGGGUUCGGGAAGAGAAGAUUCCGGAGAACAAGCUGGAGCACGAGCUGAAGCUGAGCAUCAUCUCCCUGCCCUCCUCCAGACUAGAACCUCUGGUCCUCUACCUCCACCUGGUCUUAGAUCAACUCUUCACCCUCAUCAUGCAGCCCAUGGUCAUCGCUGGACAGAUAGCCAACCUAGCCCAGAUAGCUUUUGAGUCGGUGGUGUCCAUCGUCAACAGUCUCCACAACAGCCAGGAGCUGGCCAGGGACCAGCAGGGUAGGAACGGUCUCCUAGCAACAUACCUGUACUGGGUGUUCCGCCUGGCCGACUCUCCCCGGGAUCUCCUCAACACAGGUCCAGAUGGGGUGUUACCUCCCACUGAGGGCCGUUACAGUACUAUGGGGCGGGCCUCGGCCUCCACAGUAGGAGCCAUGUUACUGCAGUCUCGGCUCCGCAGCAGCAGCAACCCUGAUAUCCCUGCUCCACACAGUGCAGAGGACACAGAGGUCAAAAACAUCCUGUCAGCUAAGGGCUACAACAACCCAGGCUGUCGCAUGUCCACCUAUGUGGAUUCGAGCAGCCACCCUCAGAAGUCUACAGGCGGGACCCGGCCCUCCAACAGAAAGCAGUUCCAUGAAGAGUUGGCUCUACAGAUGGUGGUCAGCACGGGAGUCUGCAGAGAGAAUGUAUACAAAUACGCCUGGUUCUUCUUUGAACUGCUGGUGAAGAGCAUGGCCCAGCAUGUGUCUCAGCUGGAGAAGCCGGACGUCCCUCGCAGGAGCCGCUUCUCAGACCGCUUCAAAGACGACAUCGCCACCAUCGUCUCUGUGGUUACCGCCGAGAUAGGGACCAUCCUGGUCAAACAGCAGAAGGAGAUGGAGCAGGCAGAGAAGGUCAACAUCAGCCUUGCCUUCUUCCUGUAUGACCUGCUGUCUCUCAUGGACCGAGGCUUCGUCUUCAUCCUGGUCAAAAACUACUGCAACCAGAUGUCGGCAAAGAGCAUUUCCAUGCCAACCAUGAUCGGUAUACGAUUGGAGUUCCUGCGUAUCCUGUGCAGUCAUGAGCACUACCUCAACCUCAGCCUUUACUUCAGUAGUCCCGCCUCCGCACCCGCCUCCCCAUGCCCAUCCAUCUCCUCACAGAGCUCCAGUUCAUAUAGUUUCCAGGAGCAGAGGAUCCUGGGCCUGUUUGAUCUGUCCCAGGAGUUUAAACAGCAGCACUACCUUACUGGUCUACUGCUCACCGAGCUCAGCGCUGCACUGGACAUGGAGUCAGAGGGGUCAGUAGACACACACAGGGGUAAGGUCCAGAUGAAGGCCAUCAAUGCCACCUACAGUCUGCUGUGUGCCCAUGACCUGGACCAGCGCUGUGCCCAGCCUGAGGUCAGGGCCAAGGUGGCCACUCUCUACCUCCCCCUGGUGGGCAUCAUCAUUGACUCCAUCAACUACCUGGACUUCACAGUGUCCGAGGCUCGCGGAGGGAAGAACAAGACGGGUGGAUCAGACGAAGACCCCGACAACGUCACGCCCAUCAAUCAGUCUAUUGCCAUGGCGAUCGCCGGCAACCCCUUCAACACCUUGGCGAGGAAUGCCCUGCCUUCCAUGGCGUCUGUGUCUGGUAAGGCGGUGGCCACCUUGUCAGCAGAGACCAGUCGUAACCUGCUGCUGUGUUUCCUGUGGGUGAUGAAGAACGCUGAGAGGAGUCUGAUCCAGCGCUGGACUGUCGACAUGCCCUCAGCACAGCUCAACAGACUGCUAGAACUACUCACCAUCUGUGUUUCCUGCUUUGAGUACAGGGGGAAGCAGAGCAGUGAUAAGGUGAGCACCCAGGCCUUACAGAAGUCCCAGCAGGCCAAGAUGCAGCUGGAGGACUCCCUACUGAGGGGCAUCGGAGCACGGGGGGAAAUGAUGCGCCGGGUUGGAGGAAGUGACCGCGCAGGUCAGAGAGAGAACCUACGCUGGAGGAAAGACCUGACGCAGUGGAGGCAGACCAACGACAGACAAGACAAAACGAAAGCAGAGCUGGACCAGGAGGCUCUAAUCACUGGGAAUCUGUCUACUGAGUCCAACCUCAUUGUCCUGGACCUCCUGGAGACCAUAGUACAGGCUGUUCCGUUGGCUGACUGUAAGGACAGUGUAGUGGGCGGAGUACUGCGGGUGUUGCUACACUGUCUCACCUGUAACCAGAGUACAACCUUCCUGUCUCACUGCUUCAGCACGCUUCGAGCGCUCAUCGUCAAGUUUGGUGACAUGUUGUUUGAAGAGGAAGCCGAGCAGUGUGCCGACCUGUGUCAGAAGGUGCUCCAGUACUGUAGCAGUCAUGAGGGUGGAAACAGAAGCCAGGCCUGCGCUACCCUAUACCUCAUCAUGAGAUGCAGCUUCAGCUCGGCCAACAACUUCUCCCGGGUGAAGAUGCAGGUGACCAUGUCUCUAGCCUCUCUGGUGGGGAAGUCAGAUGACUUCCAUGAGGAGUACCUCCGCAGGUCCCUCCGCACCAUACUGGCCUAUGCCGAGGAGGACACAGAGAUGCAGAACACACCUCUACCCUCGCAGGUGGAUGAGCUGCUGAGGAACCUGAACAGUAUCCUGUCAGACACGGUGAAGAUGAGAGAGUUCCAAGAAGACCCAGAGAUGCUCAUGGACCUCAUGUAUAGGAUAGCAAAGGGUUACCAGACGUCGCCCGACCUGAGGUUGACCUGGCUGCAGAACAUGGCGGAGAAACACAAGAACAGGAAGUGUUUUACAGAGUCGGCCAUGUGUCUGGUCCACGCUGCGGCCCUGGUGGCUGAAUACCUCAGCAUGCUGGAGGACCACAAAUACCUACCUGUGGGCAGUGUCACCUUUCAGAACAUCUCUCCCAACGUGCUGGAGGAGUCGGCAGUGUCCGAUGACGUCCUGUCCCCAGACGAAGACGGAGUCUGCUCGGGGAGAUACUUCACCACCGGUGGGCUGGUGGUCCUACUGGAGCAGGCAGCAGAACUCUUCAGCCAGGGUGGUCUUUAUGAGGCGGUGAAUGAGGUGUACAAGAUCGUUAUGCCUAUCCUGGAGGCUCACAGAGAUUUCCGGGAGCUGGGCUCCGCUCACCACAAACUCCAGAGAGCCUUCGACAACAUCAUUCAGAAGGGCCAUAAGAGGAUGUUUGGGACAUAUUUCCGAGUGGGGUUUUAUGGGGCCAAGUUUGGAGACCUGGACGAACAAGAGUUUGUUUACAAGGAGCCAGGGAUCACCCACCUGCCAGAGAUAUCCCACAGACUGGAGAACUUCUACAGUCAGUGUUUUGGAGAUGCCCUGGAGAUGAUCAAAGACUCCAAAGACAUAGACAGGAGCAAACUGGAUGCUAACAAGGCCUACAUCCAGAUCACCUAUGUGGAGCCCUUCUUUGACGAUUAUGAGAUGAAAAACCGCCUGACCAACUUUGAGAAGAACUUCAACCUGCGUCGCUUCAUGUACACCACGCCCUUCACCAAGGCCGGGCGGCCGCGCGGCGAGCUCAACGAGCAGUACAAGAGGAAGACCAUCCUCACCACCAUGCACGCCUUUCCCUACGUCAAGACACGCAUCAACGUCAUCCAGAAAGAAGAGUUUGACCUGACUCCCAUUGAGGUGGCCAUCGAGGACAUGCAGAAGAAGACCAGGGAGCUAGCAGUAGCCACACACAGGGAGCAGCCCGAUGCGAAGAUGCUCCAGAUGCUUCUACAGGGCUCUGUUGGAGCCACUGUCAACCAGGGACCAUUGGAGGUGGCCCAGGUCUUUCUGAAUGAGAUCCCAGCGGACCCCAAGCUCUUUCGUCACCACAACAAACUGCGCCUGUGUUUCAAAGAGUUCAUAAUGAGGUGUGGCGAGGCUGUGGAGAAGAACAAGCACCUGAUCACGAUGGACCAGAAGGAGUACCAGCAGGAGCUGAAGAAGAACUACAACCGUCUGAGAGAGAACCUGCGGCCCAUGCUGGAGAGGAAGAUACCCGAGCUCUACAAACCCAUCAUCAAACCACGCUUGGAGAAUAGAGAUUCCAUCAAACGGCUCAGUUUCCGCAGAACCCCGGAGGAAAACUCCUGAGAAAGGACAGAUUUAUCUAUCUGAGAGAAUCUCCAGAGGCCGGAGAAGUAAGGAUGUUGUAAAAGUAGAAAAGGAGGCGAAGAGGAGAAGGGAGCUAUCAGUCCUCAUUCACCAUGGAAGAGCAGUACACACAUGAUUUCACAAUGGAGGACUUAUAAUCCAUGUCUGAAUCGACACAACAUUGCAAUACAUUGUCAUUGCUUGUUGUUUCUUUUUUUUCUUUUUUUACAAGAAGCACAAAUACAUUGUGUGAGACCAUGAUGAGCACAUUACGUAGCAGGUAAUGUGCAAUAUUGAGCAAAUUUGGCAUUUAUCCAUUUUUUUUACAUUGCUAGUUCUCCUGAGUUCUAUGAUUACUGUGAGUCCUAACGAUGCUGCAAACUGCUGUGGGUUUGAGAAAGAAGGGUAAAAGUCCCACAUUAUAGUCCUUGCAGGGCCAGGGACUGUGUGUGUGUGUGUGUGUGUGUGUGUGUGUGUGUGUGUGUGCGUGUGCCCGUGCACCACAAUACAAGGGAACAUGUUUUCUUUUUGUAAGUGUCCUGAUAAGGAAUGCAUGAAAUCUGACUCAUACUAAAUGACUGACGAUAAAUCACUCUGUUCUCUGCAAAAGUCCUCCUGGACUUGCACUUGUAUGUGUGCUACUCUAUAGACUCUCCCACUGUAAAAAUAGAACUCUCCAGUUAACUCGUAAUGCUAUAUUUGAUAUAUACUUAGUGUACAAAACAUUAAUAUUGAGAUGCACCCCAUUUUGCCCUCAGAACAUCCUGAGGGCAAAAUUUGUCGGGGCAUGGCUAGAAGGUGUCGAAAGCCUUUCGCAGGGAUGCUGGCCCAUGUUGACCACAAUGAUUCCCACAGUUGUGUCAAGUUGGCUGGAUGUCCUUUGGAUGGUGGACCGUUCUUGAUACACACGGGAAACUGUUGAGCGUGAAACACCCUGCAGCGUUGCAGUUCUUGGCGCACAAAUGUUCAAAGGCAUUUAAAAAAUGUGUCUUGACCAUUCACCCCCUGAAUGGCACACAUACACAAUCAUGUACACUGAUUGAAGUGGAUUUAAUAAGUGACAUCCAUAAGGGAUCAUAGACUGAUAAAUUACAUCCAGGUAGAAGCUAUGUCAUGGACAGAGUUCCAAGUGUUUUGUACACACUCAGUAUAUAUAUACAGUGCCUGUCUAAAGUUUGGACAUGCCAAUUCAUUCAAGGUUUUUUCCUUUUUUUUAAUUUUUUUUUUACUAUUUUCUACAUUGUAGAAUAAUAGUGAAGACAUCAAAACUAUGAAAUAACACAUAUGGAAUCAUGUAGAAACCAAAAAAGUGUUAAACAAAUCAAAAUAUAUUUUAGAUUCUUCAAAUUAGCCACCCUGAUGACAGCUUUGCACACUUUUGGCAUUCUCUCAACCAGCUUCAACUGGAAUGCUUUUCCAAAAGUUUUGAAGGAGUUCCCACAUAUGCUGAGCACGUGUUGGCUGCUUUUCCUUCACUCUGUGGUCCAACUCAUCCCAAUCCAUCUCAAAUGAGUUGAGGUCGGGUAAUUGUGGAGGCCAGGUUAUCUGGUGCAGUACUCCAUCACUCUCCUUCUUGGUCAAAUAGCCCUUACACAGCCUGGAGGUGUGUUGGGUCAUUGUCCUGUUGAAUAACAAAUGAUAGUCCCACGAAGCGCAAAACAGAUGGUAUGGCGUAUCGCUGCAGAAUGCUGUGGUAGCCAUGCUGGUCAAGUAUGAAUUCUAAAUAAAUCACAGACAGUGUCAUCAGCAAAGCACCAUCACACCACCUCCUCCAUGCUUCACAUGGGAACCACACAUGCGGGGAACAUCCGUUCACCUACUUACAAAGACACAGCGGUUGGAACCAAAAAUCGGUCUAAUGUCCAUUGCUCGUGUUUCUUGGCCCAAGCAAGUCUCUUCUUCUUAUUGGUGUCCUUUAGUAGUGGUUUCUUUGCAGCAAUUUGACCAUGAAGGCCUGAUCCACGCAGUCUCCUCUGUGCAAUUAAUGUUGAGAUGCGUCUGUUACUUGAACUCUAUAAAGCGUUUAUUUGGGCUGCAAUUUCUGAGGUGCAGUUAACUCUAAUGAACUUAUCCUCUGCAGCAGAGGUAACUCUGGGUCUUUCUUUCCUGUGGGGGUCCUCAUGAGAGCCAGUUUCAUCACAGCACUUGAUGUUUUUGCGACUGCACUUGAAGAAACUUUCAAAAUUCUUGAAAUGUUCCAGAUUGACUGACCUUCAUGUCUUAGUAAUGAUGGACUGUCAUUUCUAUUUGCUUAUUUGAGCUGUUCUUGCCAUAAUAUGGACUUGGUCUUUUACUAAAUAGGGGUAUCUUCUGUAUACCACCCCUACCUUGUCACAACACAACUGAUUGGCUCAAAUGCAUUAAGAAGGAAAGAAAUUCUACAAUUAACCUUUAACAAGGCACACCUGUUAAUUGAAAUGCAUUCCAGGUGACUACCUCCUGAAGCUGGUUGAGAGAAUGCCAAGAGUGUGCAAAGCUGUCGUCAAGGCAAAGGAUGGCUGCUUUGAAGAAUAUCAAAUCUAAAAUAUAUUUUGAUUUAUCUUUUUUUGGUUACUACAUGAUUCCAUAUGUGGUAUUUCAUAGUUUUUGAUGUCUUCGCUAUUAUUCUAAAUCAAAUCAAAUGUAUUUAUUUAUAUAGCCCUUCGUACAUCAGCUGAUAUCUCAAAGUGCUGUACAGAAGCCCUAUUCUACAAUGUAGAAGAUAGUAAAAAUAAAGAAAAACCCUGGAAUGAGUAGGUGUGUCCAAACUUUUGACUGGUACUAUAUACAGUUGAAGUCGGAAGUUUACAUACCCUUAGAUUGGAGUCAUUAAAACUUGUUUUUCAACAACUACAAAUGUCUUGUAAACAAACUAUAGUUUUGGCAAGUCGGUUAGGACAUCUACUUUGUGCAUGACACAAGUAAUUUUUCCAACAAUUGUUUACAGACAGAUUAUUUCACUUAUAAUUCACUGUAUCACAAUUCCAGUGGGUCAGAAUUUUACGCACACUAAGUUGACUGUGCCUUUUAAACAGUUUGGAAAAUUCCAGAAAAUGAUGUCAUGGUUUUAGAAACUUCUGACAGACAUAAUUUGAGUCAAUUGGAUGUAUUUCAAGGUAUACCUUUAAACUCAGUGUCUCUUUUCUUGACAUCAUGGAAAAUCUAAAGAAAUCAGCCAAGACCUCAGAAAAGAAAUUGUAGACCUCCACAAGUCUGGUUCAUCCUUGGGAGCAAUUUCCAAAUGCCUGAAGGUACCACAUUCAUCUGUACAAACAAUAGUACGCAAGUAUAAACAUCAUGAGACCACGCAGCCAUCAUACUGCUCAGGAAGAUGAACAUACUUUGGUGCGAAAAGUGCAAAUCAAUCCCAGAACAACAGCAAAGGACCUUGUGAAUAUGCUGGAGGAAACAGGUACAAAAACAUGUGUAUCCACAGUAAAAUGAGUCCUAUAUGGACAUAACCUGAAAGGCCGCUCGGCAAGGAAGAAGCCACUGCUCCAAAAUAGCCAUAAAAAUGCCAGACUAUUGUUUGCAACUGCACAUGUGGACAAAGAUUGUACUUUUUGGAGAAAUGUCCUCUGGUCUGAUGAAACAAAAACAGAACUAUUUGGCCAUAAUGUCCAUUGUUAUGUUUGGAGGAAAAAGCAAGCCGAAGAACACCAUCCCAAUCGUGGCAGACUGAUGCACUUCAUAAAAUAGAUGGCAUCAUGAGGGUGGAAAAUGAUGUGGAUAUAUUGAAGCUACAUCUCAAGGCAUCAGACAGGAAGUUGAAGCUUGGUUGCAAAUGGGUCUUCCAAAUGGACAAUGACCCCAAGCAUACUUGCAAAGUUGUGUCAAAAUGGCUUAAUUAAGGACAACAAGUCAAUAAUAGAAAAUGUGUGGGCGGAACUGAAAAAGCGUGUGUGAGCAAGGAGGCCUUCAAACCUGACACAGUUACACCAGCUCUGUCAGGAGGAAUGGGCCAAAAUUCACCCAACUUAUUGUGGGAAGCUUGUGGAAGGCUACCCAAAACGUUUGACCCAAAUGUAAUAAUUUAAAGGCAAUGCUACCAAAUAGUAAUUGAGUGUAUGUAAACUUCUGACCCACUGGGAAUGUGAUGAAAGAAAUAAAAGCAGAAGUAAAUAAUUUUCUCUUACUCUGACAUUUCACAUUCUUAAAAUAAUGUGUUGAUCCUAACUGACCUAAGAUUGGAAUUUUUACUAUACUUAAAUGUCAGGAAUUGCGAAACACCUUAGCCAAAUACAUUUAAACUCAGUUUAUGUAAACUUCCAACUUCAACUGUGUGUGUGUGUGUGUGUGUGUGUGUGUGUGUGUGUAUAUAUAAUUUUUUGUUAGCCUAUUAUGUCUAUGUAGAUACUAACAAAGAUUAAUUUAUUAUGAGUUCACAAAUGCAUCAAGGCACAUACAUCAUAACUGAUGUAAUCACCAACCAAACCUAAAUGGCAAAUCUGUAUGUACACAGAGACUGAAAUGCUGUUUAGACGACACAUCGGAGAAUGAAAAUACAAAUGUUUACCGUUAUGAUACAUUUAUUUUAUUUUCUUCAUGAAAAUAUAUAUUUGCGAUAAUAUACAGUACAUUCACUUCAGUUGGCAAUAACAAUAUUGAAACAAUGUUGUUUACCAUGACUAAAUGUGACAAAGCCAAUGCACAUAUCAAGUUUGUUUUUGUUGUUGAAACAAUUGUAUUAGGUGCCAAAAUAAAGACAUCCUACAAUCUAUGUUUACUCUACCAACAAGACAGGUUUCAAGUAUUUGCCCAGGCUCUUAAUCUUGUUUGUUAAUGUUGAUGUCAUGUUGUAGAACUGUCAUGUAUACCAAUAGAGAAACCAUUUGUAAUACUACUGGGAAAACGCUAUAAUCUGAUUAGAAAUACUUAUGGGCAAAAAGACAUAUUAAUAUAUGGCUCUGCAUAUGGGUAUUCAUUCACAUUAUAUUCUGUGUUCUGUUACAAUGUAGCUGCAUAAUAGUACAGUAAGUGAGUAUCGGACAUACUGUAGGUAGUGGCCUACCAAUAAACACUGGAUUCCUUGUUUUUCA